AAUCUGUGCAUCUGCAGUCGCGACUCGGCCGUCGCGCUGUUAGGAUUGGUCGUUCAUGUGUCAGAUUUCUACCCUGUAUAGGAAAACAUACGAAUGCAGAGUCCUUGUUGUGAUUGGUAGUGACUACACGUUUGAAUUUGACGUAAAUGUUCGUCAUUUGAUGAAAAUUGGGUGCUCGUUGCCGCCUAGAACGGCAAUAUUUUAAUCAUGGAAAAGAAAAAACGCUUCUUGAUGUGAAACUUUUUGUUGACAGUUCGUCGAGUUCUCAGACGAGACAGAAUCUUGGUAGAUCGGCAUCAUCGGGACUGUAAUCUCAUUGAAUUUUACGCGCGUGUUAUCGUGAUAAGUUUGAAAAUACCUCGAAAAGGCUGCAGUCGCCGGAUCAGUCGCAACCCGGUGGGAUUCAAACUCGCCCGCGCAAAAUAUAAAGUGAAGCUGAUUCGUACGACACGAACAUAAGGUGUAUACGAAGUUCGAACGGUACGAACGACCGAUACCUUCGAACGAAUGAUAUCUGUGAAUCGAUCACCGACACCGAACACGAUCAUUUUUUGAGCCAGCCGAAACGGAGGCGCGCGUUCCAACGAACGGACUCGAAGUGUGAAAUUUUUCAGCUACUCUCAUUCGCUGAAAUCAAAUUUUAAUCGGUGAACGAACUGAACACGAUAGUACGAACAUUACCGAGUAUUUUUUUUUUUCACUCCGAAAGGAGAGCUUGUGGGCUUUCAGCCGUAUGAAUUGUCCGUAAGUUCGACCGCUUCGCGUUGUCUCACGUGAGAUAAAACUUCACACAGUGCUGAUAAUGAGUGAUAAUGUUUAAAAGUGAACGCAGUACCAGUGGUUCGAUGAUGGUCAAUCGAGUGAAAGUAUAAUUAUGCCGGGGAUGUUGUGAUCUGGAUAAAUAUCUAUUGUCUCUCGAAUAUCGAUAUAAAUAUUUUACGUCAAAAUUUCCCCAAAUUUUUAUGAUCAAGUGCUUUGGAUAUUUAUGAAAAUGCAGUGCCAGGGGAGCGAGUAUUUACUUUUCCUCGCCAUUUUGGUCGUCGCAACAAAAGCGCAAUAUCGAUCGCCUCGUAUAACGGAGCAUCCGUCUGACAUAAUAGUGGCAAAACAUGAGCCGGUCACCCUAAAUUGCAAGGCAGAGGGUAAACCGGAACCUACGAUCGAAUGGUUCAAAGAUGGUGAACCCGUCAGGACUUCCCCCGGUGACGCGAAAUCCCAUAGGGUUUUGCUGCCCGCUGGUUCGCUAUUCUUCCUGAAAGUGAUGCACGGGAAAAAGGAACAGGACGGAGGUGUCUAUUGGUGUGUUGCUAAAAAUCAAGCCGGAAGUGUCACCAGCAGGAACGCCACGCUCACCGUUGCAGUAUUACGAGAUGAAUUCCGAUCAGAGCCACAAAACACUCGAGUCGCCGCUGGAGAAACGGCACUUUUGGAAUGUGGACCACCACGAGGAAAUCCCGAACCCUCGCUACAGUGGAAGAAGAACGGAAAUGUUGUUGAUCUGGAAGCAACGAAACGGGUCAGUCUCGUGGAUGGCGGUAAUCUUAUGAUAUCCGACGUCAGGCAGACAGACCAAGGGAAGUACCAGUGUGUGGCGCAGAACAUGGUUGGCUUCCGAGUGUCUGCAGUUGCUACCCUCACAGUUCACGUAAAACCAUACUUCUUGGCUAUGCCGAGUAACCAGACCAUUCUGACUGAACAAACCGCAGAAUUCGCCUGCCAUGUUGGCGGUGAUCCGUCACCGGAAAUUCUUUGGCGUCGAACUGACGGAAAAAUGCCAAUCGGUAGAGCUAAUAUCUUAGAUGACAAGAGUCUACGAAUAGAACGUGUGACCACCGACGAUCAGGGAACUUAUAUUUGUGAUGCUGAAAACAGCGUCGGUGCCAUAAGUGCCAAUGCCACUCUGACGGUUCACUCUCGCCCAGUCUUUACGCAUUUUCCGAAAGACGAAGUAGUGAGCACAGGUUCGGACGUUUCCUUUGCAUGCGCGGCUCGAGGAGCACCAAAACCUUCGAUAUUCUGGACCCGUGAGGGCUCCCAAGAGUUGAUGUUUCCUGGUAACGUUUAUCAAGGUCGUUACACGGUCACAGAUGACGGAAGUCUCAAUAUAAAGAAAGCUGUUCGAAAAGAUGAAGGCCACUACGUCUGUAGUGCCAUAAGUCAAGCUGGAGCUAGCACCGCCACUGUAUUCCUUGAAGUAACAUCGGCUGAAGAAACGCCUCCGCCGAUCAUAGAAUUAGGACCAGCAAACCAGACUCUGCCGUCGAAGAGCAUCGCGUCUUUGCCUUGCCGGGUAGUUGGAACACCAACACCCCGAAUUCACUGGCACAAAGAUGGGGUCCUGGUUCAGCUUGGAAGUCGUAUAACAAUGGCAAGCAAUGGAACUCUAUUUAUCGACGAUCUUCAGCCGAGUGAUUCUGGUCUGUUCACCUGCAUCGCUUCCUCUGAAUCCGGAAACACUUCGUGGUCGGCGACUUUGAGCGUCAGCACCUCGACCUCACUUCAUCGAACACCCGACAUGUCGGCCUUACCCCAAAAUCCCAGUAAACCUAGGAUCGUUAACACCACAAGCAACUCCGUUACCCUCACAUGGAGUCCUGGGCACGAAGGGCAAAGCAAAAUCAUCGGGUAUAACAUAGAGUACUUCAGCAGCAAUCUGAACACUGGAUGGGUGGUUGCUGCUACUGGAAUUACCGAUGACACUUACACUGUAACCGAUCUGAAACCAGAUACUUCAUACGUGUUUUUGGUUCGCGCUGAAAACAGUCAUGGACUUUCCCUGCCCGGACCACUCUCCGACAGUGCUCACACGACCAGUGUGAAUCAAAAUUCUGUACCUCAGAUCGUAUUGAUACGCGCCAGGGAUCGUUUAAACAGUGAAAUUUUGCACUUGCGAGAAGUCCAACCGCUGACCAGCACUGCUGUAAAAAUCAUGUGGGACAUCCUUGGUGCCGCGGAUUUGGUAGAAGGACUCUACAUCCGGUAUCGCGAAGUGUCUAAUAAACCAGAAUAUCAAAUGGUCACAGUUUUGAACGCUGGUGCUACAAGCUACGUACUUAUUAAUCUGAACAAGUACACGCAAUACGAAUUUUUCCUGGUGCCAUUCUACAAAACCAUUGAAGGAAGGCCCAGUAACGUCAAGCUUGCAACUACUUUAGAAGAUGCGCCGUCUGGAGCACCCGAAAAUGUUCACGUCGGAAUGAUCAACAUGACUUCAGCAUUUGUUAGGUGGUCACCGCCACCAAAACACGAACAAAAUGGACAACUUGUCGGAUACAAGAUACAAAUCAAGAGUAACACAAGCAAUAAGGUUCUUGGUCAAAUGUCAUUGAAUGCUUCAACCACAUCAGUCAUCAUAAAUAGUUUAACAACCGGGGGCCUCUAUACGGCUCGCGUGGCCGGAUUAACACGUGCUGGCAUGGGUCCAUUUUCCGGGCCGACCCUUCUUAACAUGGAUCCUGGACAGUUGACUCAAUUACCGCCGAGAACCGAUACGAGUCAUGGUGGUAUUUCCGUCGUCAGAGAAACAUGGUUUUUAAUUCUGAUGAUCGUAAUGGUUUUUGCCAUAUUUGCCAUUUUACUCGGUGCAUUGUACGUCAGACGAAGACAAGCCAUGAGUAAGCAACUUGGACACUUGAACGUUCCUGUUGGAACGGCUAAUGAUAUCUGUCAAUUGAAUAAAGACACCCUUUGGCUGGAUCGUGGGUGGAAACCAACAAGCACACUUCAAAGUGCUAACGACAAGGAUUGCGAAACUAAGUUACUUAACAAUCAACAAAUGUUGGCUCCCGGCGUGGUUGCAAUUCCAGGAUCGGAGUAUGCGGAAGUAAAUCUAACGACGUUUUAUAACGCCAGAAAACAACUACAGGCUCCACCAGAACCUUAUGCUACGACGACGUUAUGUGUUGGCAGUCGUAGUCCCGAUUCGAUGGAAAAUAGCGGACAGAAAUCUAAUUCGAGCGACUCCUGUGUAAAACCGGACUAUUCCAGCUUGGACUCGAACCAGGAUCACAAUAAAUCUACCAUGUCACCAAGCAGCGAUAACGCAAGCAGCGUAUACACCGAUGAAAAUAUGGAAAUUCAGAGAAGACCGCAGUACCGAAUUCCGCUGAACGAAACGCAACCGGGUAUGCCUAACUGGUGCGAUAUGCUGCCCCCACCUCCUGAGCACCCACCACCUUCGGGUACCUCUCUGUCUGCGAGAAUGCAAGCUCCUUCGGCAGCAUUCAGUCCACACUUGGCUAAAAGAAUUGUACCGAAUGAUUUAGAGGGAUCGACAUCGGCGAAUUCACAGAGCCCUCCAACUCCUCCAGUGAGAGUAGGGAACAGUUAUUCUCCAUCGCCCACGCCGUGGAACGGCCAUCCAGCGAUCGAAGGAACCCAUGGAAGUCUUCCACAGGGUAGAUACACUACUUUGCCUCCGCAAACAAAUCCUCCGCCUGUACCGUCCUUUCCCCAAGGCUUCAAUCAUUACGAUUAUAAAAAUCAAGAAAACGAGUAUGAGAGCGGUUCUGUCAUAUAUGGACAUCAAAAUGGACACCCUGAAGACUAUAGACCUCACGAAAAUUUCAACCGUACAAACCAUCCCAAUUCUCAUUUAGAUCAUACAACUUUGAAUGAUGAGGUGUAUCGACACAAUGAAGAAAUGUUCAGAAACGAUAAUCUUUAUCAACCAGAGAAUGACGAGUGGGAUCGAAAAUCUUGCGACUCAAAUACGCACUCUGAUAUGUGCUGUUCGUGUUCAGAAUCCAGCUGUCUUUACGCCGAUACUGUGGAAUAUAACAAUCAAUUCGCUCCUGGGUGCGCUCAUAACAGGGGUGGAUCUAGGAACAGGAGUAAUAGAAGUCCGAGAAGAAGGACCAACAGGCCUCCCUCGCCGAGCUAUAGCAGUGACAGUAAUUAUUCCUGCAUUCCUCAAAGACAAUGCGGUUCAGCUAACUCUCAAGAACGUCACAGGCACAACCGCAGCAAAGACAAGGUUCCUGGCUUUCCAAGGACUGGUGGAUACCCCCAGCAUAACUCCUCAGCCUCUAAUACGAUGAGCAGUUCAGGGAGUCAGCGAUAUAACAAGCUGAACAGCGUUUUCAUGGGAGCAAAUAACCCCAACGCCCCUUCGGAGUCCAGCCGACUCAGCGACCAUCGGGAGAGUUAAAUCAUUUUAAUGAUUCGAAGUUAAGCAGAUAAUGUAAUCAAUUUCAGGUCGCAACGAACAGUAAUGGCAUCACUGCAGAGUGUCAGAUCUGAUCUGAAUUCUUCUCGCGAACAGGAUUCAUGGAAAUUUACGUAAGUGAAAUUUAUUAUAUGAGUGCUGGAAACCAUGAUAUGACACACUACAUGGCGAAGAUAGUACAAUGACUCCAUAAUUUUGAGUGACUCAAAAAUUGAUUCCCAAUCUUUACGUUUGCUCAUUUGAAAAGCAAAACUUCCGCAUAUUCUAAUGCAUAUAGGAGCUUAAAAGUUUGCGGAGUAAUUUGAAUUGACGAACGCGAUGAACACCAAACAGCCUCGUCUUCUUUCGAGUAUUUGACUAUGGGAUUGCCCUUUCUGAAGAUAUGUUAGGGCUCAAAAGUAAAUACAAUUGUUACACUAAUCUACUCUGUGCCCAUUAGACUAAUGAAUGCUAACAUUAUUCUUGGCAUACGAUUUUUUAAUUUUAGUUUAAGGUACGUACGUUUGUGGUAACAAGAUACAAGAAUUAAGUCUAACUCAAUAAGCGAUGUUAAAAUUUGUUUGGAAUUUUUUUAAUUCAAACGCAUGUGUUUCUCUGAAUGGGAGAAAUUUUUUAUAGACUGAUCGAGAUCUGGCAGAAAUCCAUAUUUUACAUUCCGUCGUAAAUGUGGAUUUGCGCGUGACUUACUUAAGUAUCAAGUACUGAGAAUGUGUAAUAAAUAUAAGAAGAAACAGAGGAAUGCCAAUAUCUAAGCAAUAGUUGAAUGAAAUUUGUAAUGUUCUUAAUACAAAUCGGUCAUUUUGUCGAAAUGCUUUUAUUUCAGAAAAUUAAUAUCGGUUUAUGACAACUCUUUUAAUUGCUAAAAUUUAAGUACCUUGACAAUUUUCAAAGGUGUUUUAUAAUCACAAAGCAGUUUUACACUACUUCAGCUUCGUUAUUAGUUGAAUUGUAACUAAACCGCUACUAUAUUAAUGGGAAAAUUUGAUAUGUGGAUCGAGAAAAGUGGCAUUUAUUUUCAAAAAAACGUGUACAUUCUCAACUGCCACGAAGAAUAAUGGAUAUUAUUUUCGAUAUAACGUUCCUAAAUCGUAAGGAAAUUAAAAAUAAUUUUAUUAAAAUGAAAUAAUCAACAUGUAUCUCUUCCAAAACGAAUACUUUUACCGAUAAUGUAUGAUUAAAAUAUUAUAUAACAAUAACAAUAACGAUGUAAGUGUAUAAUCAUAUCAGAUGGUUUUUGUAUACAUUGUACAAAGUUGAUUAACAAGUUUAGUCAUUAGUAUAUAAUUAACAUAUUAAUUAUUAAUAUAUGCGCCGUAGUUAUUAAGGGAUAUUAGAUGUAUUAUGUAAUCGGUAAUGUGUAUAAGCAUGUCCUGACAGAUAAGUGAGAAUGUGAGUAUGAUGUUAGAUGGUUCACUUUACCACAAGAUACAUUCAUACGUCAGCGAUUUUGAACACCAGCUAUGUAACAAAUGUGGCUGCAUCUUAUGGCGACGAAUGCGCUGUAAUAUAAUUGAUAUCAUUACAAAAACACGUUGAAAAAUACGCAUGUGUUUUUUUGUUGGUAAAUUGUUUGUGAAUAUAGAUGUAGUUUUAAUGAGGUAUAGUCAGUUACAUCCUGUGUGGUUUCAUAAGAGAAUAAAAUAAUUAGUGAUUAAAGAAGAACACUAGUUAGGCAAUAGAUAACUUUGAAGCCAUGUAAUCGCUCAAAUUGAAUGUAACUAAUUAAUAACUGUACUAGUUGCGAAUUAACUGCCCAAUAAACACAGUGUCGAAUCUCUGUACUUUACUAAAAAAUUAUAGCAUUUGAACAAAUUUCUAUUUUAAUUUAUAAUCACUGCCAAAUUUUGAAUAUUUCUAUUCUCUACCAAAACUGCAAAUUCAGUUGGUCCAUAUAUUUUUACUUCAUGUAAAUCAACGUUAAAGAUCAAAGUCACAAAUCGACUUUUUGAAAACCCAUGCAUUUUUCACAAUUCAUUUUCCUUAUCAGGUCAACUCCAAAAAUAAUGUACUUGCUAAAUGUGAGCCUCAUCAUCUACUUGUGUAAUGAUAGACGUAGUCAACUAACAAUUAUAUCAAUGCAGUAAUUUGUAAAUCGUCAUCGUAAUGAGUACAUGUUCGUAAAAGUCCAUCCAAUCAGAAAAAAGUGGUGAUUAAAUUACGUUUUUGGCACGUUUAGUAUAGAAUUCACGCUGGUGACCAUCAACACGAAAUAUAAUGCAAAAAUGCGAGAUGCUAGUGUCUCAAUGAUAAUAGUUAGAAAAUAUACAUAUAUAUUCACUAUAAGAUAGUCCCUACCAUGAUGUUAACGACUUAAAUAACUUUCCACGGCCUUUGUAAAUUUGCCUAAGGGGAUAUAAGGCCACAGCAUUAGGGGGUAAUUUUGUGUUGAAUAAAUUAUACCUAUAACGUUGUGGCUGUGGCGCGAAAUAAGGAACCAUCGUCUCAAUACUAAUCGGGAAAAUAACGUAUUAUUUUUAUAAUUUGCUGUCUUUGUAAAGUUGAAGCGAUGGUUUUAUUGUUUUGUAAAAAAAAGGAAAUAAUGAUUAAAUAGGAAUAACUUGAUGGAAAUAAGGUUCUAUCAAAAAAAGCCUUGCGAUAAACAUAGCUCGCACAUAAUUGGUGAGUCCUUACAGGACUGACCUCACUAACAUUGACUUAAGAUAAUGUAAUCUGUACUUGUAGAUUUAUCCAGCCAAACUUUGCCAUCAAAAACGAACCCUGUGAAUUUUGCACGGAAAUUAUUUCUGCCCGACAUAUAAUACAUUCAAUCACCUUUCAUUCUCUUCACUCCGCGCCAUAUUCUUGUCUCUGUGAAUCACAACGAGAUUAAGAGUGCAACUGAUGUUUAAAAUUCAUGGAACUGUCACAAAAAUUAUAAUCAUAAAAAUGAAGCUUGGCAACUAGUAAGCCAGGGCUACGUAAAAAUAAUCCAUAUCAUUAUAAGAAAAUGAGAUA